AUGUCAGGCGAGGCUGUGGCAGACAGGGAGAGGGAGGGGCCAAGCAUAGAGCAUGAAACUGGCUGUAAACACAGCGGCGGCUCUAGAAGCAGCAACGGCACCAGCAGCCCAGCCAAGGCAGCCUUCGCCCCUGCUUGUCUCCCCGGAGCCGCCCUCGCACAGCGGAAACCUCCAGCUGUUGCACUGCCGAGGUAACGGUGCAAAUGGCAUUCGCGUGAAGAGGUGCGAGGCCGGGAGCGAGAGGGAAGAGCUGCCUGCCAGGGAAAGGGAGCGGUGUGGGCAAACUUUCUUCUAGCUGUUUCUCCUUGCGGCUGCUUGCCUAGUGGUGGGAGUGUCUCAGUUUCUAGCUAGAAGGAGCAGCAAAUGCCAAGGCGCCCGGCGGCUAUAAAGGAGGCUUCCCUGCUGAGUGCUGGAAGGCACAACUUGCUCUUCAAACUAUUCGCUUCUCCAAAUAAGUAGAGGGCAUGUUGGUGUUCCUUGGAACAGAAACUUGUGAUACUCCUUCCAGAAAACUGAAGUCAUAACCGAAGGUGAAAGUGGGAACCACAAGUCCUCACUUUGCUGAAAUUGGCUGGAAUUGCAGGAGACAGACAGUUAUAAAGAAGUGGAAAAUAUUGUUUAGAAAUCAGACAGGAAUUAAUUAGUUUUGCCACACGUGUUAAGCCUGAUGGAUACCAUAGAGACAGCAAAGCUUGAAGAGCACAUGGAAGGUCAGAACAAUGAGACUGCAAAUGGGUAUGUCCGACCUGCUCUGACUGUCAGUGAGGAAAACAAGAAUGGCAGCACCAAACCAAAGAGCUUAUCCAAUGGUUUGCGCAAAGGUGCUAAAAAAUACCCAGACUAUGUUCAGAUUGCUAUGCCCACAGAUUCUAGAAACAAAUUUCCUUUGGAAUGGUGGAAAACAGGCAUUGCCUUUGUGUAUGCUCUCUUCAACUUAAUCUUAACGACUGUCAUGAUCACAGUGGUACAUGAGAGGGUUCCUCCUAAGGAGCUCAGUCCUCCAUUGCCUGAUAAGUUUUUUGAUUACAUUGAUCGCGUGGAAUGGGCUUUUUCUGUAUCAGAAAUAAAUGGAAUUAUACUAGUUGGAUUAUGGAUAAUCCAGUGGCUGUUCCUGAGAUACAAAUCAAUAGUGGGACGAAGGUUCUUUUUUAUAUUGGGAACUUUGUACCUCUACCGCUGCAUUACAAUGUACGUCACCACCCUGCCUGUGCCUGGAAUGCAUUUUCAGUGUGCUCCAAAGCUAAACGGAGAUUCUCAAGCUAAAGUCCAGCGGAUUCUGCGACUAAUUUCUGGUGGUGGACUGUCUAUAACAGGCUCACACAUCUUAUGUGGAGAUUUCCUAUUCAGUGGUCACACUGUUGUGCUAACGCUCACAUACCUAUUUAUCAAGGAAUACUCACCUCGUCACUUUUGGUGGUAUCACUUGAUCUGUUGGUGUAUGAGUGCAGCUGGAAUAAUCUGUAUCCUUGUAGGACAUGAACAUUACACUGUAGAUGUUGUCAUUGCCUAUUAUAUCACCACAAGGCUAUUCUGGUGGUACCAUGCAAUGGCUAAUGAAAAGAACUUGAAAAUCUCAUCACAGACAAACUUUCUGUCUCGAGCAUGGUGGUAUCCAAUAUUUAAUUUCUUUGAGAAGAAUGUACAAGGCUCAGUUCCUUCUUGUUUCUCAUGGCCAAUAUCUUGGCCCCCUAGCUGUUUCAAGUCUUCAUGCAAAAAAUAUUCCCGAGUACAGAAAACAGGAGAGGACAAUGAAAAAUCCACCUGAAGAAAGUGAAGGAAAGAAAAUGGAUCAACUCUACUUUUACCAAAAGCACUUGCGCUAUAACCAAAGUUCUUAAGAUGACUAGAUUGUUAACUGAAAAAAAAAUGGACCAAACUUUGUGCAGCUGAUCUGAGAAAAGGCAACACUCAAAAUAAUUAUUAUCCCCGGUAUGUUUUUCUAGUCAUAUUGUACAGUUCCAACCCACUCUUCAGUGCCAGUAGAUGCUGGUACUCCGUGACACUCUAGUGGCAACAGAAUACUUCCUGAGAAGAGGAGCCAGGACGUUGGUUUCUUAAUGAGAUUAAGAGGUGCCAAAGAAAUCAUCACACCAUCUGUUGAUAAAUACCACUUAUCCACAGAAGCACCAAAACAGCAUAUCAGCUUCAGACUUCUGGAGUUGUGCACAGUAAACACUGAAAGGUGUAAUAUUGGUUUCUUUAACAACAUACAAAACAGCAGAAAUUGGUAGGCAGGGGUUUUAUUAUUCUCGCUAGUGAAGUCAAGGCCUGUGUGUUGGGUAACUGGUGAAACCAGAAGUGAGCCUUGAUCUUUUUAUAUUCUUUUAAAAAAAUGAAUAUACUAUGACCCUGUAAUGCCACCACAGUUUCCAUAUACUCUAUCCUCUAUUGACUUUUACAUUUUUAAUAAAUGGUAAUUUUAUAUAUGAAAAUAAAACUUACUGUACCUGAUGAUACUGUAAGUUAGAAAUAAUGUCUACUAACAUCAUCAGGGUCCUCAAAAGGAAAACUAAUUUAUUGUUAAAAUACAUAUAUGUAAGUCAAGAGAAUUAUUUAAAUUUCUGCAGGUCAGUUACCUUGCAUGAAUAUGUGGCAUGUGUGAGAACAUAUUUUGAGUAUAUACUUUAUAGAGAAUGCUCAAAAUAUGGAGGAUUUACAGUCAUAUUCUGCAGUCACAGAAUUCUGACACUCCUUCAGGCAAUGAGAACUAUACAAGAGCCACUUAUGCACUGAAUCCGCUCUAGAGGGUUGAGCAACCUUUCAAGACCAAAUGGGAGGUGGUGUGAAAGGUUACAAGGAGGAGGGGAACCACCACAAAUUGUAUCCCGUUUUGUAUUCCUGACAGGAGCCUCUGAGGGAUCAAAAAUCUAUUAUCUUAUAGUGGAAUGGAGGGUCACCAAUUGGAUACAACCCAGUUACAAUUAUGGAACAGGAGAUAAUCUACACCUAGCAGUCUGCCAGUAUUUUCAGUUGAUGCUUGAAGGAUUGUCACCAUUCUCUAGUGAUUGUUGCUGUAAAACGUGCACACGACCAUACAUUUAUACAUGCAUUGGCAAAUAAUAACUGAAUUUAAAUAAUGCAUUUAUCAGCUAUAGGAGGCAAAACUUUGGUUGAUCCUCCAGUGGCUUCUUGUGUAAACAGGCUCCAAAAAUGAUUUUUUGAAUGCUUAAAAAGAAAUGUUAUGAUUUUUGCAGAAACUAGAGAACACUGAGCCAGAUGUGAUACAUUUACAGAUGAACGUCGCUUUUGUUUUUUCCUUGGCAUUAAUUUGAAUUGUCGUGCCAAGGUUGUUCACUGCAAUAGGUGUGGUUUUGUUUCACUAUUACCUAACACUAUUUAUUAUUAAAUGGUCAUGUGGCCAGUCUUCUA